GUUUACACGGGCAGAGCAGCAGCAGCAGCAGCAGCGUCGUUGCUUUAAUAUAACGUUACUCAAGCGUCGCGCUGCCGCAGCUUCCUUCUGCACAGGUCAUCGUCAGACACGUGUCGGCUGCUCGUGAGAGGCAUGAAGAUGAGGAAACGACCCAACAUCUUGUUAACAGGAACCCCUGGUGUAGGAAAAACCACUCUGGGGAAGGAGCUCGCCCAGCGGACAGGGCUGACCUAUGUUAACAUUGGAGACCUGGCCCAGGAAGGACAACUUUAUGAUGGCUAUGAUGACGAGUACCAGUGCCCGAUUUUAGAUGAGGACCGGGUGGUGGAUGAGCUGGAUGAAAAGAUGGAAGAAGGAGGAAUGAUCGUGGACUACCACGGCUGUGACCUGUUUCCUGAACGCUGGUUUCACAUCGUCUUUGUGUUGCGCACAGAUAAUACUCAGCUGUACACACGGCUAGAGAGCAGAGGAUACACCGGGAAGAAACUGCAGGACAAUGUGCAGUGCGAGAUCUUCCAGACCAUUUACGAGGAGGCCAUGGAGGCGUACAGCAAGGAAAUCGUCCACCAGCUGCCCAGCAACACUCCUGAAGAGCUGGACAGCAACCUGGAGCAGAUAGUGCAGUGGACUGAGCAGUGGAUGAAGGACCAUAACUAGCAGCUGCUGUCAACAAGUCAUGUUAUUUGGACACUUAAGCAUCAUGGACUCUGGUGGUUUCUACUUAGACCCUGACCUGAAUUUUGCAAGGACUCUCUGUCAAAUAGUUAUUCUUAAAACAUGAGGAAGUGUUUUAAACAAAAGCAACAUUAACGAUCUGUCACAUCCAUCAGUCAAGAAGUGUGAGCUGGUGUCAAAUUACAGUACUCACCUACUGCUGCAUUCAAGUCAUAUUUUUUUUUUUUUUAUAAAUAAACGACCCAACGGGGAAAAAAGCACCGUCUCCACGUCCUUGUAGUCCUCAGUGUCAGCUGGGAGUGGCUCACGUGACGCACAAAACACUAGGAAAUAGUAACAGAGUAUCAUGAUGUCAUUUAUUAUUAGCCCACACUACUGUGUCGGCUCUGGUGAUUAAUCACGGAAUUCAAAGACAAGAGUUUCAACACAGACGUUGACAUUACAAAGGUUACAAUAAAGGUAAAUAUUAAAACUGUACUUUACUGUUGAACGGCGUUAAAAACACAUGUACACACACACCCUGAGAUCACUGUGACGUUUCCCCUGAUACAGAUGCAUGCAUGUGUAACCAUGUGCACAUGGGUGAAGUAAAGGUUUGAAAACUGGAUUUCUUUACACAGGGUUCCCACACCUUGGUUGACAUUCAAUUCAAGGACUUGUCAAGAACUUUCCAGGACCAAUCCUCUCAAAUUCAAGGACCAAAUGGACAGAGUCAUGUUUGUCAUGUCUGCCUCGUCUACAUCAAACAAAGCAUGAAACAGUCAUAA